AUGACCGUCCCCAUGACCCUGGGGGAGCAGCCCGUUCCAAGCAUCCGUGACUUCAGCCCCAGGCGUGCUGUGCAGGACGAGGCGAGCUCCAUGUCCAUCCGCUGGCCAGGCCGCUCCCUGGGAAGCCACGCGUGGAUACUGAUGGCCGUGCUCCAGCUCGCUGUGGACCUCCCCUCCUGCGAGUCACGGGGCCCCAGCCCUGACUUCCGGCUCCUGCCCCGGCCGCCGCCCCGGCCGCCCCGGCUGUGGAAUCUCAAGAGCGGACAUCUGGCCAGGCCCACCACCCCCGUCUGGAGCCCCCGACCGCCCCGCGGGGAGCGGGCGCACGGGCCCAUGCAGACUCCACGCGCCAAGCGGGCCCACAGGCCCAGGGACCAGGCGGCAGCCCUCGUGCCCAGAGCCGGGCUCGCCAAGCCCCCUGCGGCCGCCCAGUCCAGCCCUGCCCUUGCCUCCUCUGCCUCCGCCCGGGCCCCGGCGGCGGCGGCCGGCGGCACCGCCACGGAACAGCACGACCUCCUGAGCAGGGCCAGGAGGCAGGUGCAGGGGCUGGGUUUCGGCAGCUUUGACUUCCGGGGCGGCCGGCCCACCACGGAGACAGAGUUCAUCGCCUGGGGGCCCACGGGGGACGAGGAGGCCCUGGAGUCCAAUACGUUCCCGGGCGUGUUCGGCCCCACCACGGUCGCCGUCAUACAGACGCGGAAGACCACAGUGGCCACCACCACCACCACCACCACCACGGCCACCUCUGUGCCGCUGCAGACCAAGGGGGUCACCGAGCCCCUGGAUCCCGGGAAGAGGAUCCCGGUUGGGGUUAGCACAAUGGAGCCUCCCACCAGUCCCGGCAGCAAUGGGAAAGACAUCCAGCCUCCACGGAUUCUGGGGGAGACGUCAGGUCUGGCCGUGCACCAGAUCAUCACCAUCACCGUCUCCCUCAUCAUGGUCAUCGCUGCUCUCAUCACAACUCUUGUCUUAAAAAACUGCUGUGCCCAGAGCGGCCGUGCGCGGAGGAGCAGCCACCAGCGCAAGAUCAACCAGCAGGAGGAGAGCUGCCAGAACCUGACCGACUUCCCGCCGGCCCGGGCGCCCAGCUCCGUGGACAUCUUCACGGCCUACAACGAGAGCCUGCAGUGCUCCCACGAGUGCGUGCGGGCGCCCGUGCCCACCUACGCGGACGACACGCUGCACUCGGCCGGGGAGUUCAAGUCCGCCUUUAACGGAAACCGACCCCCCUCCUCCGACCGGCACCUCAUCCCCGUGGCCUUCGUGUCUGAGAAGUGGUUUGAAAUCUCCUGCUGA